AGGUUAUUAGAUAUGGUAUGUAGCUAACUUUUUUUUUCUUCUAUUUUUUUCUAUUUUUUUUUUCUAUAAUCUAUUAUUAUAAUAGAGUGAGACUGGACUUUUCUCUGUCCGGCAUGCAGACAUCAGACAUCCACACCAAACUGUACUUCCUCUCACAUGACCACUGUUUUGUCCUUCAGAUAAAUAGUCUCUGGAUCUGAUUGAUUGAUAAAUAAUAAUUAAAGACCACAGACCACGUCAUGGAUCUUGUUAUGAAGUCCUUUUUACUGUCUACUGUCUUCUUGCAUUAUUAGAGUGUUGUAGAAUAGGAAGAAGUCUAUUUAAAAUCCUGUUAGACCUGAUGUCAUGAGUAAGUAAGCUACAGAGUAAAUGCCUCAGUAAUGAGAGUAAAUACCUCAGACAGUGAAGGUGUGUUCCAGUUGAGCAAACAUGUCAUUAAAAGUGUUUUUCACUCAGUUCUCCUUAAAAAGGUAAGCCAUACAUCUUUAUAAUUAGUGCAGCGUGGGCGUGGCUAAUGAACGCCCUGUCUGUUAGUGAGCGCGCGCAGGCUCGUUUGGAGGAAGACGUUUGUUGCCAUAGUAACCGCUGUACACUGCAUGACUGGCAAGAGAGACGAGUAAAGAAUUAAUCUGCAGCAGAUCGUUGGUAUUGGAAUAAAGCCUGGUUAGUAAACAUGUCAGUAUUUGAUGAAGAUGAAGUGACAUUCAGGGAGGAAAAGCAGGAGGAGGAGGAGGAGGAUUACCCAGCAGACACAGCGGCCAAACAGCACGAGGUUGAGCCCUGCUCAUUAACACAGGAUGUAAUUGGACAGAACCUUUCCUUACUGUGCCGGACAGGUGAUGGACUUUCUCAUGCAUACGUCAGACUUGACCUACAAAACAGGAAUCUGGAAGACAUUGUUGUGUUGAGUUCAUUUGUCCAUCUGCGUUUCCUGGACAUCUCAUCCAACUACCUGACAGACCUUUCUCCACUGGCUACUCUGACUGAUCUUCUUUGGCUAAAGGCAGAUUUCAAUCGGAUUCAGAGUUUUCGGGGUCAGCCACUCAGCCAGCUUCCUUAUCUGCAGUGGCUAAGCCUCAUGUCCAAUUGUUUGAGUGACACAGAGGGCCUUGGUGGGACUGCACUGGAAAACCUUAAUCUUAGAGGUAAUAACCUUCAGACAGUGUCUGGCCUUGAUUAUGACAAGCUGACCAAUCUAGUAUCUCUAGAGUUGAGAGGAAACCAUUUAGAAACUACAGACGGUAUUCAUCUCCCCAACCUGCGCCGUCUUUACCUGGCCCAGAAUAAAAUAAAACGAUUAGAAGGACUGGACAAACUGGAACACCUAACAGUCCUUCACCUUAGAGACAACCAGCUGGAGACACUUGAUGGUAUCAGUUCCAGUAUGAAAUCUCUGCAGUAUCUUAAUAUCAGAGGAAACAUGCUAGCUUCCCAGCAUGCAUUACAAAGCCUGAACGGUGUUGCUGGCACAUUACGGGCCCUCGUGCUGGCGGACAAUCCUCUGUCGGAGUCGGAGGAUUAUCGGCUCAUUGUCAUCUCGCGCCUCCCUCUUCUUGAAAGACUAGACAAGGUUCAUGUCUCUCCUGUGGAGCAGAUUGAAGCUCAAGAGAGAAUCCGGGAACUACAAAACUUCACAGAACAAGAAGAACAUUAAACAGGAGUAUAGAGAGUGAAGGUGCAUUUGUCCUGCUGCAGAAGAAAGAUGUGCUGUAGAUGAUUCAGUACAAUACUGUAGAAGUUCAUUGUUUUAUUUAUUUUUUUCUGACUAAAUUGUUUCUUAUAAUUUCUGUUUCGUGUACACAUAGCAUGAUUUAUUAAAGAUGAUUGGUUUCCUCUUUGAUUUGUUGUCUGUUCUACUUUAAAGUCAGUGAAUUUAACCGACUGAAAAUAAAUGUUUAGUAACAAUAGGACAUUAACAGUAGGUGAAGUAAACAUGGACACACAAUUUCCUACAAGAUUAACGGAGAAUUUUUCCCCAAGUCACCAGGCAGUAUCAUAACCUGUUGAGAAAUGCUUACAGUAUUUGACUGUACUGUUCUUUUAGACACUCUACACUUUACACUACUCCACCUCUUGUCUUAUGAAGGUAUUGUGUGGAGUUAUGGUGUCAUGUAGUGGAGUGUUUGAUGGAUGUUGUAUAGUCUUUGGGGUGUGAACAUGUUUGUACUGCAGUCUUGUGUAACCACACACACUAAUAAGAAUUUUAUUGUACAGUGACGAUAUGAACAUGACUUGAUUUGUGUAUUACAUAAUGAACUAAUCCAGUGUCCUGUCUGAGAAUAAAGUCUCUGUAGAACAAUAAUUUAUUAUAAAUAUUUAAAUCCAGACUGUAUUUACUAUUCAUCAGAUUCAAAUAGAUAUAAAGCUUG